UUUCCAGCUCCGCGGGGUGCUGCGGCUUGGGUGGCGUUGCUAGGAGACAGGGCGUGGGCGUGGGGGAAGGCAGCUUGGGCCUAUGUUUAUUUUUACGUUAAUUUCUUAAUGGCGUUUUUUAGAAGAUGCAACCGUAAAAAGACGAGGAGCCAGAUUAAAUGCCUGUCUUUACUGUCUUCUGUUGGAAACAGAACAGAGAGAGAGAGCAGAAGAGAAGGCUGCAGCAUUUCCUGGCUGACCUGGCAAUUCUGGGAUCAUUACAGGGUUUUCGUUAUUUUCAGCCCUGGCUAAGGGGGAAAGAGGAACUGCUGCUGACUGUUGUCAAUGAGGAUUUGGGAUGGCGUUCUCCUGGCUUUCCUGUCUCCGUUGCCUCUUCCUUCACCAGUUCGACAUGUAGUAGCAGCUACAGUCUGGAUAGUGACUAUGACAGCUCCCCUUUACCUGGGGAAGGGCCUCAACCUAAGCCCAGACUUCAGCCUCCACAGGCCCCUCGACAGCAAGCCAACAAGAGUAAUGAUUCCCAUCUUGUCCCAGCUUCACCCAGUGAGGAGGAGAUUGCUGUGCCUGAAAUUAACUGCACUCUUUUCCUGUUGGCUGGCUAUGCUAAAUAUGGCCGGCCAUAUGCCUGGAUACGAUCCAAUCAUGAGCGCCUAGUUAACAUCGGAGGCACUGAUUCGCUGGUCAAAGACACGCCCAUGAAGCUCAAGUCCAUCACAGACUGGGUUUUAACUUCUCAAGGAACACAGGUGUGGGAUGUAGUGAAUGAGCUAGUGGGUCUGUGCACAAUGCCCCCUCCUGAUAAUCCUUUCACUCUGGACAUGCGUUACCUCCAAACCCUUCCACUCCCAGAGCGCUUCCUAGUCACUGGGGCCCUCCUUAACUUCCUGGAGAUGAUUGUCGUUCAGGGAAGUCAUGAGGAACCCUUCUAUGAUAUGGUUGUGAAGGAGAUGCAACCCUUGAGGCGACUCCAUUUCCAGAGUCUUGUCGAGCUUCACAGGCUCCGUGGGGUGAAGAGCAGGAGCCCAUCACUGCCAGACUCCUCAGGCGACUAGUAAAUGGCGUCACACUGCCAUGAUGACCACUGGGUCCAGUCUGGACAUCACAACAGUUUGCACAAAAAGAACUGUAGCGAUCAGUCAGAUGCAGGAACUGAGAUGAACUUUAGACUCAUCUGAACACACAGAGGUUCCUGAGGGUCCAUUUGUCUUGGAAAUGAUGGGCGUUUGAAGAAAUACCUGUACCACUAAGAUAUUGUACGAUGUGUGGAUAUAGUCUUCACAAAACAUUUUGGUGCUGAAUCAUUCAAGUGCUUUUUAUCUCUCUAUGGAAUUGUUUAGAAUUUGCGUAUCUUAGUUGGCCACACAUUGCAACAGGACAUUUUUCUCAGUUUGAGUCUGGUCUGCUGCUGUCUGGACACAGGACUUGUAUAUUAAAUUAAAUUAAUUAGAAUUAAAUGGAAUUCUUUGUAAAGGACUGGAUCAGUGAUCCUUGUCAUAUUCAACUUCAGUUCACAUAAUUGAUGCUCUGUGUUAACAAAACUUUACAUUGUUCAUCUGAAAGUGCUGACUGGUAUAGAUAAAAAGCAAUAGUGACUAUGCUGGUCAGAAUGGAGGUAAAGCCUUAGAUUUUACUUGUAGAAGGCCUGCAUUGUAUACAAGGGUGUUGGCAUUAAGUGUACAGUAGUGUUUAUAACACAAGGUUUUAUGCCAUAUCUUAAUGGAUUAAUCCUAAGCUUAGUGUCACAUGACAUUUCAGGGGGCUACUUGGUCUUAAAUUUUCAAAGGAAUUCAUUUUCCUGGAACCCAAGGCAAUAAUCUGCCUUUGAAGACAAAAUUAAAAAGCUUCCUUUCUGUG